AUGCCGCCCAGAAUAGAUCUGUUACAGCGACUAGGCACAGUCAAUUUGUGCCUACGACCUUCAACAACACCGGCAACACAGGCCUUCUUGCCCAUCGUUCAAAGGGCCAAUCUCUCUCUGAGAGAGAGGAAGAAGAAGCAGAAGCAGGAUCCGUACAAGUGGGCACAGGCACAGCAGCGCAAAGCCGCCAACCUCAAGCGACAGGACGAACUCUUGAAGAAGCGAGACGAAGAAUGGGGUGAUCCCGUAAAAGGCAGACUGACGCCGUUUCUCGAGUCUCUCGAUUCAGCCGGCCAGAACUCGGUGACCAAUGUACCCCGAGAUGCAAGCGGAAAUGCUCUCGAGGAGCCGCGAGAGCUGCCCACGACGCCCGGCCUGCGCAACCAUUUCCUUACCGAUGCGGAGCUCGAAGAUGCCGUCAAACACGCCUAUGCCCUGACGAAGCCCAUGGUCGGCGUUGUAGAAUCACAGAUGGACCCUACUACGGAGGAGGAGAGGAAGCAAGCACACAAACAGAAGCACCAGAAAGCCGUCGAGGCGCUGAAGCGAAUCACAGCCCUGAGCAACGGCAGCGCACGGGAUCGAUUCCACGCAAACGUACGACGCAUCGUUGAUGAGUUUGGACGCCACAACACAGACCAAGUCCUCAAGCCUAAGCCGCUGUCCAUUUCACCAAACACCACGCCGAUGCCUGGCCGUGCUGGACCGGAUACCGGCAGCUCCGAGGUUCAGAUUGCUAUUCUGACCGCAAAGAUCAGAUCGGUGUCGGAGGCACUGGCAAUCAACCGAGGAUACAAGGAUGUACACAACAAGAGGAACUUGAGACUACUGGUGCACCGGCGCCAGAAGCUGUUGCAGUAUAUGGAGCGAAAGGAGAGAGGUAGCGAGAGAUGGACAAACAUGCUUGAGAAGCUAGGCCUCACACCAGCAACGUGGAAGGGACAGAUCGAUCUGUGA